GUCUAGUGGUUAUCGAAAAACCCCAGGACAACUUAGUCAUUUUCCACGCAUCUGCAAAACCCUAAUCCUCUUUGCUUAUAUGCUAACAAACUUUCACUCUGCUGCUUCCCUCGCCGCGCCUCCUUCUUAAUCUUACCCACCUCCAAUUUCUGCACCUAUAUUUGUUCUGUGACCUUCCCUUGAAAACCUCUACACGCAAUCUGACAACUAAACAUGCCGCCGAAGUUCGACCCUAGUCAGGUGGUGGACGUUUUCGUCAGGGUCACCGGAGGUGAGGUCGGAGCAGCUUCAUCUCUUGCUCCAAAAAUUGGUCCUCUUGGUCUCUCCCCCAAGAAGAUUGGUGAAGAUAUUGCCAAGGAAACAGCUAAGGACUGGAAGGGUUUACGUGUCACCGUCAAGCUCACUGUCCAGAACCGUCAGGCCAAGGUCACUGUGGUUCCUUCCGCCGCUGCUUUAGUCAUUAAGGCAUUGAAGGAGCCUGAGCGUGAUAGGAAGAAGACGAAGAAUAUCAAGCAUAGUGGGAAUAUCUCGCUGGAUGAUGUGAUCGAGAUUGCUAAGGUAAUGCGGCCCAGAUCGAUGGCUAAGGACUUGAGCGGUACCGUGAAGGAGAUAUUGGGUACUUGUGUAUCUGUUGGGUGUACGGUUGAUGGGAAGAACCCGAAAGACCUCCAGCAGGAGAUUACUGAUGGUGAGGUCGAGAUUCCUCUUGAUUGAAUAGACUGAAGGAAUUGGUAUUUGUGUUUUUUUUUUUCCAAUGUUUCUCCAGAAUCUGGGUUUUUGUUUAAGGGCAUUAGCAAGUUUAUGAAUUAUUGAAGUUUUAUAUGAAUGAGGAGAUGUAAUGUUUAUUAUUUUACCAUUUUUGGAUAAUGCUUGGCUUUUAGCCAUAGAAUGAAUGAUCUUGAUUUUGU